AUCGGGGCCACCAGCACCCCACGGGAACAGCUCCCGUCCCACGUCCUCUCACUGCGAGCAGAACGGCUCCCCGCGACUCUGCGAGCAGCCCUGCAACCGCUCGCCCAAGAUGGAGCCGCCCAAGCCGGGAGGCGGGACCCGACCGCAGCGGGGCGGGACGCGGAAGCUCGGCCGGCCCCAGGUUGCUGCCGGCCGGGCCGGGCUGGGCCGCGGAGCCACCAUGGAUCUUAUGCUGCUGUUCAUCUGCCUCGCCCUGCCGGCCACCAGCAGCGGGGAGCUGCGGGCCUUCGUGGUCGCCCACAGCCACAUGGACGUCGGCUGGGUGUACACCGUGCAGGAGAGUAUGCAUGCUUAUGCAGCAAAUGUCUACACAUCUGUUGUAGAAGAACUAAUGAAAGGUAAGCAGCGCAAAUUUAUUGCUGUGGAACAGGAAUUCUUUCGGCUUUGGUGGGAUGCAGUAGCCACGGAUGCACACAAGCAGCAGGUCCAUCAGUUACUUCAGGAAGGACGAUUGGAAUUUGUCAUUGGAGGGCAAGUGAUGCAUGAUGAAGCUGUGACACUAAUUGAUGAUCAGAUUUUACAGUUGACGGAGGGCCAUGGGUUUUUAUAUGAAACUUUCGGGAUCAGACCUCAGUUUUCUUGGCAUGUUGAUCCUUUUGGAGCCUCAGCUACAACACCAACUCUUUUUGCUCUUGCUGGCUUUAAUGCUCAUCUUAUCUCUCGAAUUGAUUAUGACCUGAAGGCUGACAUGCAGAAAAACAAGAAGCUUCAGUUUGUAUGGCAGGGUUCUCCUUCCUUAUCGGAAAGUCAGGAGAUCUUCACCCAUGCUAUGGAUCAGUACAGCUACUGUACCCCAUCGCAACUGCCUUUUUCAAACAGAUCAGGAUUUUAUUGGAAUGGAUUUGCAGUUUUCCCAGAUCCACCAAAGGACGGUGUUUAUCCAAACAUGAGCCUCCCUGUUACAGAUACCAACAUCCAUAUGUAUGCACAGGCCAUGGUGGCAAACAUUAAGGAGAGAGCAGCCUGGUUCCGAACAAAUGAUGUUUUGUGGCCAUGGGGCUGUGACAAACAGUUCUUUAAUGCAUCUGUUCAGUACUCCAACAUGGACCAAUUGCUGGACUAUAUUAACAAGCAUUCUGAUGAGUUUGGAGUGACUGUCCAGUAUGCAACUGUUGGUGACUACUUCCAAGCAGUUUAUAGCAGAAAUCUUACAUGGGAAAUAAGGAAUUCUCAAGACUUUCUUCCAUAUUCAACAGAGCCAUUUCAAGCCUGGACUGGAUUUUAUACUUCUCGGAGCGUGUUAAAAGGAGUUGCAAGGAGAGCAAGUUCACUGCUUUAUGCUGGAGAGUCCUUUUUCACACAGUAUGUCCGCAAACACCCAGCAGGUUCCAUCUGCAAACACGGAGCCCUAAAGCAGCUUCAGAGCCUUAGAUGGGCAGUUUCAGAGGUCCAACACCAUGAUGGCAUAACAGGCACAGAGUCCCCUAAAGUGACAAACAUGUACAUGGAUAACUUGAUGUAUGGAAUGUUCAAUGUUAAGAAGCUAAUGGCUUCCAUAAUCUUUGAUAUGAACAAUGCUAAGAAGAGUGAAGAGGUCUAUUAUAUUUACAAUAAAGACUCAGGAAAACCAGGUACUACAGAUGUUGACCAUUAUGUUAUUGUCUAUAAUCCCCUGGCCUGGAACAUCACUACAAUUGUCACAAUCCCUGUCAAUAUCUCAUCAAUGAGUGUUUAUGAUGAACUGGGGCAUUCUGUACCAGCACAGAUUCAAAGUUCAGCUGAGUCCCAUUCUAUCUAUGAUCUGUAUAUUCUAGUUGAAGUAAGUGGUUUGUCUUACAAAAAAUACAAUGUUAAGCCCUCAAAUGAUAAGCAGUCUGCAUUUAUUGGAAGAUCAAUGAAAUACAAGCGAAAAGAUGUGAUGCAUUCAGUUCAGCAAAGUCAAAAACUGCUUCCUGUGACCAGCAACUGCUAUGAGAUCGUGUUUGACCAAAACACUAAUCUAAUGCACAGCAUUACAAACAGGGAGACUAACCAGACUGUCCAGGUGACCCAGGAGUUCCUUGAGUACCAUGUGAAUGGAGAUGUUACAAAAGGACCCAUUUCAGACAACUACUUAUUUGCCCCCAAUGUUUCUGCUGUUCCAGUAUCACAAGCGGUUGGAUUGGAAGUGGUCUCUGGAAACUUGGUGACAGAGAUACGGCAAUACUUCUUCAGCAAUGUUACUGCUCAGUAUUACACACAUGCAGUCUUUACAAGGAUGUAUUCAGUACCAGAAGGCUACGAUGGGAAGUUGCUUUGUCAUAGGAUAGAGCAAGAAUACAGUAUUGGACCUUUGGAAGUGAAUCAUGAGGCAGUUCUAAGAACAAGCACAAAUUUGAACACUGGGCAGCUGCUCUACACUGAUGAUAAUGGAUUUCAGAUUCAGAAGAGACCAUUCAAGGCAUAUGUGAAUAAUACAGUAGCACGGAACUAUUAUCCUAUGGUCCAGACUGCCUACAUUGAAGAUGAUACCACAAGGCUGGUGCUGCUUGCAGAAAGAGCUCAUGGUGUCUCAAGUCAAGGGAAUGGACAAGUGGAGGUGAUGCUUCACAGGAGACUAUGGAACAAUCUUCAGUGGGACCUAAAUAACAAUCUUACUUUGAAUGACUCUUCAGUGGUUCGUCCUGUGUUUUGGCUUAUUUUAGGGACUAAGUCUGCCACCAGUGUUUUGUAUCAGACAAGUGGCUUAGCAUUACAACACAGGCCAGUUGUAAUGUUUGGAACAUUUUCAGGAGAUAAACCAGAGCUGCCCGGGCAACUUCAGCAGAGAUCAGCCCACAGUUUUUCUAUAACUGUCCCACCUAAUCUUCAUCUCCAGACUCUGAGCAUUCCGGGGUGGACAUACAGCUCUGAUCACGCAGAGCAGGUCCACACCAUUCACAUGGGUAAACAGAAGCAAGGUGAUGCAGACUUCAGUCGCGUCCUGCUAAGAAUUAGACACCUGUAUGAAGUUGGAGAGGAUCCUGUGCUGUCUCAGCCUGUGAUGGUAAAUCUGAAGUGUUUGCUGAAAGAACUGGGGGCAGUGAGGUUAGUGGAAGAGCGAUCACUCACAGGCACCUGGGAUGUAAACACUUUGAAGCGGUGGAAGUGGAAGACUGCACAAAACCGAAGCAAAGGAUUCUCCAAUAGCACAGAGAUCUCAGAUGACUUUACUGUAACUGUUCACCCAAAGGAAAUAAGGACUUUCUUUGUGUAUUUUCAAGAUCAAUAAAGUCUGACUUUGUUUCAGGACUGAAUA